UUGGUUUUGGUGUUGUAUUUUAAUUUUGAUCUAUGGUUUGGCGGAAUUCUCUUUAGGGUGACUUGUCCAAAACCACCUGGGGUCGACUGUGGUUGUCUGAUGAUGAAGUGUUUGCCCCGUUGGGUUUUUUUUUUUAAGCCAAAACAAAUUACUGAAAUGAACUAGUUGUAUGGCUAUUACUUGUCCCUACCUCAUGGACAUGCUGCUGAGCCACUCCCCGUUUAAAAUUCCAGUGCAUGUUGCAGGCCUGAUGCAGUGCUCCUCAGUGGAGUCAGUGGAGAGAUUCCUAUUGACUUCAGACAGGAGCAAACCCCACACCCACUGAUUUGAGGUUGAGAAUGAAAAUGAAAACAGGGUCUCCCAAUUCAAAACCACUAUAAAUGCAAGAAGGGCUUUGUCCUCAUUGGAGAAAAGAGAAGUGCAUUUUUAACCCAUGUUAAGCUAACCUGCGUUGAUCUUGGUGAAGACCAUGUUGUAACUAGUCCAGGUAAACUCUACAGUAGAAUUUCUUAAUCUUCAAGUAAUAGAUUUAAAAAUAAAAGAUAAUACUAGUACUAAGCAGCCAAAUAAAGGCACAAUUAACAAACAGGGGGAGGGAAGAAGAAGAUUGAUUGAUGGGCCAGUGAUUAAACACUAUCCUGCUAAUGUGUGUUUAAAAUUUACAACUGCUUUGUCUUCACUCAGGUUUUAAUCCAGAUUAUUUAACAAGUUUAAAAAUACAUCAUUUUUCUUGUCAAGAAAAGGCUUACGGCAUUGUCACUGUGUGCUUACAUCAAUGUUGCUAUCUCAGGCUACAUCUGUACCGGCAGCUUCUUGCACAAGUAAAAACUUGCCGGGUGUCUACACUGCACGCGCAUUCUUGCGCAAGUAAAUUUACAGUCUAGCGUUGGAAAACAGGGCUUCUUCCGGAAGAGUUUUUCUUCUCCCCACUUGCACAAGAGGCCAGUGUAGACAGGCAACAUGAAUUUCUAGCACAAGAAACUCCUAUGGCUAAAAUGGCCAUCAGGGCUUUCUUGCACAAGAAAGCGUCCACACUGCCAUAGACGUUCUUGUGCAAAAGCACAUCUCUUGCACAAAAGCACAUGGCAGUGUAGACACGCUCUUGUGGAAGACUUUUUGCACAAGAACUCUUCCGCAAAACAGUUCUUGCACAAGAAGCUGCCAGUGUAGACGUAGCCUCAGUGUAAAAUCCUAGUAAAGAUCAAACACUGAAAUUUUCACUCCAGUUAAACCAGAGAUCCACCCCAGCUAGCUAAAUGGAGGGAAAAAAUUCCUGUGCCUUGUCUCCACCUAGGAUUAUAUGUCUUGAUGCAAAAACAACUUCUAUGCAGAGCAGACAAAGCAUGAGAGUCAAACAACUUGCCCAUGUGGUCUAAUCUGUUUAGCUGAACUCUCAGGCACUCCGCCAGUUACAGUCUAUUCUCUGCUUCAAGACGAGCGUAUUUGGCUAAUUCUGUAGAUACUCCUUCCAAAAGCCCUUAUGCACAGCAGUUACCACUAGAUGGCAUUUACAAAAAUGCCAAUGAUCAGCUGCAGGUUGUAUGUUUCUGAAAUUUAUUGCACAGUGGAAUUUUAAAUGUUUCAGGUCAGUGGGCAGUUAAAUAACUUGAUCUCACCUCUCCAGACUAAGCUUCUGAUUAUCCCAUUUUGCUGGAUAAUUAGAUUUUGCACAACCUGGACUGUGGUUAUAAUUAUGUAGCAGCCUAAAUGUUUUGGGGAAGGAGCAUUUUUGUAAAUGGUUAUUUUACGGAUCCCACGUAUUGCUAUGUUUAACUUUUACUGAUGCUCUGUAUUUCAGGAAUAAAGGGCUCUUGUUUUUUAAGUUUAAUGGUUGAUGAUGGGAAAACAAAGUUUUCCACUGUCCAGUCUCUUGGGAUAAGUCAUGGCACCUGUCUGUGCCUCAGUUUUACCACUUGCAAACCUGGAAUGUUUCUUGUCUAGCAGGAUGAUUGAGAGGCUUAAUUACACUUUGUAAUUUGAGAAACUUGGGUAAAAAGUUCUACUGAAAUGCAGUUAAGUACUUUAACAUAUAGUGUAAAAUAGAAUUAGAAGGUUGCAAUGUGUCUUGAUGGGAAGGGGAGUGUUUGUCUAGCAGCACAAACAACAGAUGCUCUUCCUUUGUCACAUAGAAGACGUGCCUGGAGGAAUGUAAACAUGAAACGGUUCAUGGCGCUGCUAAAUAAGAAUAAAAACAAGGAUCCUCCACAGGUCAAGCUGCUGGAUCUAGCAGGCCAACUCUGCCACAGUCUUCAGAGCAUGUCUCCCAGCCUGGAGAAGCUGGUUGAGGCAAUGACGGGGUGCAAGCUUCAGGAAUAUUUUCUCACCCACAUCAGUGUAGUCCGAGCUUUUGUGCUUGUCCAUGUCCGCCGAGGGCAGCAUGACACAGCCUGCAGGCUUUUGGAGCAUUGCAGGGCAAAAGAAAAGAAGGAACUGGUGCAACUAUGGAAUGAGAUCCACUACCACAAAGUCAUGGAGAAACACCACACAGAUUCCCUGACACCAGUGCAGAAAUUCCGGUGCAGGAAGAGGAAUCCUCCACCAGUUUCCAUCUGUCCUGAAGGCAUAAGGAAUCGAAACUAUCCAGAAAACGUGCGCCAAGAGCUGCACAGAUUUGCUGCAAAGGUGACAAUGAAUCCAAACAAGGACCAGCGGGAGGGUUUGGCCCGGGAUAUGAACCUGCAGCCAAAUCAGGUUUAUAACUGGUUUGCCAAUUACCGUCGUCGUCAAAAAAUCCGGCUGGAAAAGUUCAUCUGCUCGACCAAGGAGAAGCCUUCAACUCCCCAAACAGAACAUCAGUGCAAUGGCAGCUCCUGCAUUCCACAAGCUGCAGAUGCAUUCCGUACCGACGGUGUCUCGGAGAAGAAAGAGAUGAACCUUGUGACCUGUGAGCCAGGGUGGGAGCUGUUAGCUCCGGGUCCCGACAAUUCUGCUGACGGGACCUUUUCAAAGUUGCUGGAAUCCAGCUUUCUGCAGAGCAGUGAGUUCCAGGAGAUGAGCUCAGCGAAAACUUCAGUGACCCCUCUCAACAGAGAAGAGCCUACGGCUAUCUGCACUGAGGCUGGGUGUGGGAUACACCUUAGCUCUGCCAUCCCGGAGACCAGACAGACAUCAGAUUACGCUGUCACGAGCCCCUGUCUGGAGAAUUUGCUCCCGUGUUCCCACGAGUCGCUUCCCCUCCAAACUGAACAUCUGGACGGAAGGCAGCCAACUCCCAGUGCAGAAGGAGUCUCGGGCGAGAGCAGCUGUCCCUCCUUGUGGAGUCCUGAUGCAGCAGUUCCUCUCAGGCUGCGCUUGGCAAGUCCCAGUGCCCACUUGUUUCCACAUCCCAUCUGGAGGAAAUCCAGAGCUUGGGACACAGCCAGGUGCUGGAGAAUCCACUAAGUGACCCCAUGAACAGCGAUACCUACUGGGCAGCAUGGCUACUUUUCGAAUUCUCAGUCGGUGGUCGAAUGUAACGUGCGCAAUGGUACCUUGUAUGGUGAUCUGCAGUUCUCCUAUGACUGCUCUUUUCUUGGCAAAGGAGGCAGUGAGAAAACGCAAGUCGUCUGGGAAAGGAGACCUUUUCUUAUGGUUCCAGUUUCAUUUGAACUCUAGUUUUAUCAAGAGCUUUACAAGCAACAACAAAAGCCAUGCUCCCUGAUGUUCUUGCAGAUCACAGACUUUAACUGGGACAAUUUGAAGCUCUUGUAGCCGGUUGCAAGUAUUUAGUUAUUGGUUCUGUGGAGGUUAAAUUGUUCAGGUGAUCCCAUAUUCACAAAUAUAUAUCUGGACAAGGGUCCAUCUCUUGUUAUUGAUGAAGUUGUGUAAAAAGCCCCUUAGUUCAAAGGGAGUAGUCAAACCUAAAGAAUGUCAUCUAGAGUGUGGAUGCCCUGUGGACUUGUUAGGGAUUGAGAAUUUGAAAAGCUGAUACAAAGUUAUCUCCUCCCGUUGCUGUGGUUCACCUCUUCCGUGAAUUCUGGGGCACUCCAAAUCCCAUAGUGCUGCAGCCCACACAUUUUGGAGCACUCUAGAAUUGAUAGCACCCAAUAAAAGUGAAUUAUAGAGGAUGAGAUGGGGAAAGCCAGUGUGUCUGGGCUAGGAGUAGGUGGAUCACAGAAUUGUUAUGAAGUUGAGAGGGUGGGGCCAUCUGAACCCUUUCCAUCCAUACUUUGAAGCCCCGUCUCUAAAUGGACACAGGCUUUGCAACUGGGCCAACGGUUGCCUUUCCUGCAGUCUGCAGAAUACGGAGACUUGAGGCCUGAUUCUCUACUUCUUUGCACUUGCACCUGCAUGGAGUGAAUGUAGAAUGCUGCCGUUUGGAUUUGUAACCUGGCUUUUGCAUUUAUUUUGCAGGAACAAAUCAUUGCUUGAGGUGCAGGGCACUGGAGAAGCAGGUCCUGCAUGUCCCCAACUGCCUUGCAAAGUAGCUUUUGGGUUGUGUAGCCCCACAUGCCUUCAGGCUGCAGGAGUAUGUGGCCUCUAAUAGAAACUGGUAACUGUAUUCAGCUCAAGUCUAAUACCCUGAAUUUUGGGCACGUGAGAGGCUCCUCACAGCUUUGAUCAGAGGAGUACACUAACAGUUCCUCUGUCCAGAUAUUUUUCCCCAAGCCUGUUAUGCUUCUGUUCCUUCUCCAUUGCUUUUUUUUUCAACUUAUCACAGAUCAGGAACACUACACUUUUCCUUGUAUCUCAUCUUGGGGCUAGAAAAUGGAAAUUGUGAGAGAAAAUGGGUGAGGCGGCUGAAUUUCCCCCAGGCCUAAAAACGCUCAGGGGUAAAUCAUUGUUUAACUUGUUAAGUAUUUACCACAAUUGUGUAUUUUUUUUAAAAAAGAUCCUGGAACACAAAAGAGUCCAGGCUGGGGGUUCACUGAUGAAAACGUGAUGCCUAUAUUGACUCUCUUGUAAUGAAGUAAGUUUGCAAAUAAAGGUUAUGAAUGGA